CGCCCUGGCGGCUGUGGCCCGGAUGUCCGGGCGGUGCGGCCCGGGUGUCUGAUUUCGGAGCUUCUUCAGGGAAACCUGCAAGCGGCCAAUGGCUGUCGAUAUUCAACCAGCAUGCCUUGGACUUUACUGUGGGAAGACCCUAUUAUUUAAAAAUGGCUCAACUGAAAUAUAUGGAGAAUGUGGGGUGUGCCCAAGAGGACAGAGAACAAAUGCACAAAAAUAUUGUCAGCCUUGCACAGAGUCUCCAGAGCUUUAUGACUGGCUUUAUCUUGGAUUUAUGGCUAUGCUUCCUCUUGUUUUACACUGGUUCUUCAUUGAGUGGUACUCGGGGAAAAAGAGCUCCAGUGCCCUUUUCCAGCACAUCACGGCAUUAUUUGAAUGCAGUAUGGCAGCUAUUAUCACCUUACUUGUGAGCGAUCCGGUUGGUGUUCUUUAUAUCCGUUCCUGUCGGGUACUGAUGCUUUCUGAUUGGUACACGAUGCUUUACAACCCAAGUCCCGAUUACGUCACCACGGUGCACUGUACUCAUGAAGCUGUCUACCCGCUAUAUACCAUCGUCUUUAUCUAUUAUGCGUUCUGCUUGGUAUUGAUGAUGCUGCUCCGACCCCUCCUGGUAAAGAAGAUCGCCUGUGGGUUAGGAAAGUCUGAUCGAUUUAAAAGUAUUUAUGCUGCACUUUACUUCUUCCCGAUUUUAACUGUGCUUCAGGCCGUCGGUGGAGGCCUCUUAUAUUAUGCCUUCCCAUACAUUAUAUUAGUAUUAUCUUUGGUUACUCUGGCUGUGUACAUGUCGGCUUCUGAAAUAGAGAAUUGCUAUGAUCUUCUGGUGAGAAAGAAAAGACUUAUUGUUCUCUUCAGCCACUGGUUACUUCAUGCCUAUGGAAUAAUAUCCAUUUCCAGAGUGGAUAAACUCGAGCAAGAUUUACCCCUUUUGGCUUUGGUACCCACACCAGCUCUUUUUUACUUGUUUACCGCAAAAUUUACCGAACCUUCACGAAUACUCUCCGAAGGAGCCAAUGGACACUGAAUGUAAGAGCCAAAAAAACUAUAAAGUAUUCUUAGUAAAAAAUAUAAAAUGUAUUCAUACUCUUCUGUUGUACGUGGAAAUAAGAUUGGGUUUGUUUUUUGACUUACCAGGCUUUAUGGUUAGACUUGGAAAAUACAAAAUAGUCUGUUGUGUAGUAGAUACACUAC